GGGCAGACAGUCACCUUUGAGGAAGCUCUCCGGGUUAUCGGCAACUUCGGUCUGUACCAGAAGAGACUGUUGUGUCUGCUUUGUCUGACCUGCACUAUCGUCUUCACUCACAACACGUCGCCUGUCUUUACCAUGAAGAUUCCAAAACACAGGUGCAAGAUCCCAGGAUACACAAACGACACUUAUGAUAUUCAAAGCGAGUUUCACGCGUUACUCGUCAGUCAGACGAUUCCUAUCACUAGCAAGGGAGACCACUCUAAAUGUACGGUGAAUGAAGCAGACGACAACAAGACGAUUUCGAACAACCAGAGCACGCGAGCGUGCAGCGAAUGGGUGUAUGAGAGAUCGGAGUUCUUUUCAACCUUUGUCACGCAGUUCAACCUAGUCUGCGACUAUCAAAUAUAUCGGUCCCACUCAAACAUGGCGAUUUCAGCGGGAAAAGUCAUUGGUUCCUUAGUGACUAGUCUACUCGGCGACUACUUUGGCAGGCGUCGUGUAUAUAUGAUGAUGAUGCUUAUUCUGACUGGAUCUGCCAUUGGCCUCGCGGUGCUAUCAAAUCUGUUCAUGCUGAUUGUCUUAAGAUUUCUUAAUGGUGCCUCAGUAACAGGAGCUUAUGUCUGCGCUUUAGUUAUAGGCUUAGAACUCGUAGGACAAAAGGAGCGCAGAUGGAUUGUGACCGCCACUUCAGUGACUGCAACAUUAGGAUGUCUUGUUGCUGUGACAAUAGCCUACCUAACAAGAAACGGCCAGUACUUCCAAGCAGCUCUCGCAGUUCCCUGUUUACCGGCGGUCAUCGGGUGUCUCUUUAUUCCAGAAUCCCCUAGAUGGCUGAUGUCCAAAGGUCGGCACAAAGAAGCACAACAGACCAUCGACGUCAUUGCACGCGUCAACGGUUUCACAGCGCCCCUUCCUUCUUUGACGAUCAACAACUCUCACUUGGAAGCGGAAAAGAAAAAGACGGUCGGCCCUGUUCAACUGUUUCGCAUUCCACGACUUUUUGUGCGCUACAGUCUUCUGUAUUUAAUCUGGAUGUUCUCGAGUAUGUGCUCUGUUGGACUGAUGCUGAACGUGUCAAACAUGAGUGGCAACGUCUUCCUGAACUACACCAUACUGUGUCUGAUGGACCUGGUCAGCCUGGCUCCCUUUGGUUGGCUUAUUGACCGACUGGGUAGACGGUCACUGCUAAUGGUCACAUCUGGCGUGGGGGGUCUCGCCUGCCUGGCCACAUUUCUACCUGUUGUACUGGAGGGAAACAAUUGGAUCUUCCGCGGUCUGUCGUUCUGCGGGCGGCUGUGCUGGUCGCUUGCGUCCAUCCUCAUUUACGUCUUCACGCCGGAGCUGUUCCCUACGGUGCUCCGCAGUUUCGGACUCGGCUCGUGCUCCAUGAUAGGUCACGUAGGUUCUUUGGCCUCAUCAUAUGUGGCUGAUCUUAAUAUUUUAGUACAUGGUGUGUGGGGGCCAGCACUACCCCAGUUUGUGUUCGGCACAGCCGGUAUACUGACAGCUGUCAUGACCUUGGUGCUGCCGGAGACCAAAGGUCAAAGUCUGCCUGAGACAGUGAGAGAGGCUGCUGAAUUUAGUGAAGCGUAGGACCGCAAUUACACCCUGCCAUCGGAUCCGGUUCUGGGCGUCCCUUUCCAGUUGGGACCAUGUCAUGUCAGCUGUCUCCGCCUCGCUGUGGACCGAUCUCCUCCAUGUCUGUCUGGGUCUUCCAACCGUGGGUCGCCCCCUGUGGGUUCCAGCCCAGAGCUUGUUUCGUUAAAUUGUCAGCCGGCAUUUGCAAGGUGUGGCCGAUCAGAUAGCUAGAAGCGGGCCCUUGCACUUUUGUGUCACAGAGGAUCUAUGGUGGCUUCUCUAAACAACGUAGAAUUGAAGUGACUGGUAUCACUAAACACUAAGAGCCCUUUGGUAUUUGUGAAAAUUAGUUUGAUUCUUAAUAGCUGACAACACUACACACUAGUAUGAGAGAGAAGAAUGUAUGAAUGUCAAUGUUUGAAAUGCGUGUACUCUUAUUAAAUAAAUUUGACCACAAAACAAUGUAAUAACUUGUAUUGUUUUGAUCCAUCUUUCUUCUUUACCUUUGUCUUUCGUUUCUCCUUUAUAUCUUUGUUUAUAAUAAGUAUAAAACACUACAGAUUCGCUGGCCAGAAACAGUUUGGGGUAGAAGUGAAUGGAACAAAUGACAUAGACUUGAAGAUCAUGUUCUUCUGUACGUGUUUACCAUGAGUAAGAGAGACUAGACUAUUAACAACGGUUUGCCUUAAAAUAAAACAAUGCAGUGAGCAGACAUUGAAGAAGACAAAAGUAAAGCAUGAGAACAGACUGCUGCAAAUAUCUGGAGGAGGGAAAAAAUUUGGUGUCCGUAUCUAUAGACGCCACAAUGUAACGGAUUGUUACCUUGGGCUUAAGACAGUUUUUAUGUUUACUUUCGUAGGGCAAUCAUUCACAUUAGUCAUAAAAUGUUCAGUUGUUUGCAGAUGUAUAAAAAAGUUUCGAAAGAUAGAAAAUUUUGCAAUGAGCAAAGGAAAGUAGGAGAUUUAUCGUAUAUUCUUUCAUCGCAUCAUAAUUAUUUUAGGCUUAAGUGGAGCAAGAAAUCAUGUGGUGUAUUAGCAUUCAUUUAUUCUUGCUUUAAAUGACAGCUUUGUUAAUUCACACAUUUGUUGGACAUAUUUUUUAUUUUUAACAUUCCUUAGUGCCCAAUUUUAAAGCAAUACUUUUGUCAUAUUGAUAUGAGAUUAAUAAAGAAUUGUGCAUACAUUGUGAUGAAUAGAUUAUUAUGCUAAUAGAUGUGCUCUUAAAUGACUGUAUUACCUGAUGAGUAUAUAUUUCCCUGUAUUUUUUUGGUUUUUUUUUUAUUCAUUUUUUAUUCAUUUGCUUGACACGUGCAGGCUACAUGCAAAGGUUUACGCAAUAAAAUAAAUAAUUAACUAAGCUAAAUGGAAAGUGAUUACAAGAAUUGCUUAUCUGUCCAGCGUACCUUUCCCACUUUAAACAUACUGUUUUUCAUUGUAAAAUAUAGUAAUUAAACAGUUGUAAAGCAA